AUGUCGAAACAAAGUGCUAAAUGGAACGAAGACCUGCCAGACCCGGAACGUGAGAAGUUCGAGAAUGUCUACCACCCUCUGGUAGCCCAAGCGACUGAAUUAGUUUCCAGACAUGACAAAGCGGUAACCAAAUCUAUGUCGGACACUGACAAAUCAGGCAGUGCCUCAUUAGUCAUCAAGUCAUUGGAAAUGACUGGUGAAAAUUUUGAAGUGGCAUGGGAACUUUUAUGUGAGCGCUAUGACAACAAACGUCAGCUUAUAGGCAAUCACAUUCAGGCACUUUUUAGUAUAGCUAACAUUCGCCAAGAAUCAGCAGAAUUAUUGAGAAUGUUAUUGGACACUAUACAGAAAAACCUCAGAGCUUUAGCCACGCUUGGUGAACAUACAGAGCAUUGGAAUACACUAAUCAUUUAUUUAGCAGCAAGUAAAUUAGAUUCAACAACACUCAGACACUGGGAGGAACACAAAAAUACACUAACAGAUAUGCCCAAACUUGAUUUUUUUUAUAAAUUCUUAAAAAACCGCGCUGACUUAUUGGAAACUUUACGGGACUCCAAUAUAAAUAAUAAAAACACUCCUCAAUUAAAUAAAAAUGAUACAUUUGCCAAGCAGGGUAGUAGUAAAAAUACUUACACAGUACAAUUACCUACAUGCUCCUUAUGCAGACAAAAACAUUUCUUAUUUUCUUGUCAAACAUUUAGAGACAUGACAAUUGAAGGCAGAUUAAAAGAAGCAGAAAGGCAGAAAGUUUGUUACAAUUGUUUACAUCCAGGACAUGAUAGUAAACAUUGCAAAGGAGGAGCAUGCAAGUAUUGUAAUCAGAAACACAACACACUCUUACAUUUAGAACGAACAAAAAACUCACCAGUCACACUUACAAGCACACAAAACAAAUCAGUGUUACUGUCAACUGUACAAAUUAAUGUCUAUGAUAGAGAUGGUGUGCCUCACCUUGCACGAGCCUUACUGGACACUGGUAGCACCUCUUGCUAUAUCACAAGACAUCUGUGUUCAAAAUUAAAUUUACCUCUUCAUAGCAUUGAGACUACAGUGACAGGUAUCACUAAUCAGAGCAUAAACAUAAACAAAAGCACCACUAUACAAAUAAAGUCAGCACACAACUGUUACGAAACAGAAACAACAUGUCUAGUAGUCAAUCAGAUAUCAAAUUCACUUCCUAGUGCAUACAUUGACAGGCAGAUGAUUAACAUCCCACAACACAUACACUUAGCAGACCCAGACUUCAAUAUUCCUGCUCCGAUUGAUAUAUUACUUGGCUCAGAAAUAUUCUGGCAAGUAAUACGGACAGGAAGGUUGUCACUAGGUAAACACCAACCAGUCUUACAGGAAACAGAACUGGGAUGGCUAAUCUCAGGCUGUUUACCUAUAGAUGGUAUCAGUCAACCUAACAAAAACAACACAUGUUUUUUUGUUAGUCAGAUUUCAGAUCAGUUAACUCGCUUCUGGGAGUUAGAAAACAUCACAGACACUUCAGAAACCUCAUCACCAGAUAUUCAGACAUGUGAAGACAUAUUCUCCACAACCACAACACGUGAUGAGACAGGCAGGUUCACAGUGAACAUUCCUUUUAAGCGGUCACCAGAUUGCCUAGGGAAUUCAUAUUAUCAGGCCAAGCAGCGUUUUCUUAACAUAGAAAAACGAUUCAGUUCAGACCCACUAUACAGACAGGAAUAUGUUGACUUCAUGCAGGAGUACAUUGAUACAGGGCACAUGACUAAAAACAUACAGACAGACAGACAAAAACCCUCCUAUUACUUACCACAUCAUGGUGUAAUACGUGAGGAAAGCACAACUACAAAAUUCAGAGUAGUGUUUGAUGGUUCCGCACGAACAUCAAACAAAAUAUCACUUAAUGAUAUUCAAAUGAUAGGUCCCGUAGUGCAAGAUGAUCUCACAUCAAUACUAAUCAGGUUUAGACAACAUAAAUAUAUAGUAUCAGCUGACAUCGAAAAAAUGUAUCGACAGAUACAAGUCAGACAGAUACAACGGCCUUUACAACAAAUUGUUUUUCGUUUUGACCCAUCCCAUCCACUUGACACGUAUACACUAAACACGGUCACUUAUGGUACAGCAUCAGCACCUUUUCUCGCCACACGUUGCUUGAAACAGGUGGGGCUGGACUGUCAACAGGACAAGGAAAUCUCAGAGGUGAUAAUGCGUGAUUUCUACUGUGAUGACCUACUCACUGGGUCUGAUAAUGAGACACGCCUUACACACAUAAUUCAAGAAGUAAAUAAUGCAUUAAAGUCAACACAAUUUCCUCUUCGAAAAUGGCAGUCCAACCACCCUGACAUAUUACAAAAGGCACAGUUAUCAUCAGACUCUCCACAUCACACAGUCAAUUUAGGUAACAAGGAGGCAUCUAAAACAUUAGGUAUUUAUUGGAAUCUUAAACAUGACACUAUAACGUACACUACGCAAAUAAAAAACACAGACCAUGAUAAAAUCACCAAACGUAAAAUUCUCUCCACCAUAGGACAAAUAUUCGACCCAUUAGGUCUCAUAAGUCCUUCAGUUUUAGAAGCUAAAUUAUUAAUGCAAAAUAUGUGGUUGCAGAAUAUUCAGUGGGAUUCAUACAUCCCACAUGACAUUCAGAAACAGUGGAAGGCGUUCGUAGAAUCCUUAGCAGCUUUAAAACAGCUUAUAAUACCCAGAUAUGUUUUUAGUUCACAGAACAAUGCAGAACUACACAUAUUCUGUGAUGCUUCACAGAGUGCUUACGGAGCAUGCGUGUAUGUGCGCACGCAGGACCCUAACGGCGCUGCGUGUGCACGACUAUUCAUAGCCAAGUGCAGAGUAGCUCCCUUAAAGAGCUUAACUAUCCCACGCCUGGAGCUCUGUGCAGCACUCACAGCUGUUAGAUUAUACAAGAAGGUCAUUGACUCUAUUCGUAAUCCACAGAUUAUUUCAAAUUGCUAUUUUUGGAGUGAUUCAAUGAUCACCCUAUCAUGGAUAAAGUCAUCACCUCACAAGUUAAAUGCAUUUGUAAGUCAUAGAGUCAAUGAAAUUCAAACCACAACAGGCCAUCACACAUGGCGAUAUGUACCCACGAAACAGAACCCCGCAGAUCUCAUAUCUCGUGGUCUCACAGCGACUAAACUCAUACAUUCAGACAUGUGGUUUUCAGGUCCCGAGUUUCUUAGGUAUGAUGAAAACAGCUGGCCCACAUCACCCGGGCACCUCAGCGAGUCUGACCUACCAGAAACAAAAAACCACACAAACACAGAACAUUGUUGCAUGCAAGUAGAUAAAAAUUCAUUUAUUUACAACUAUUCAGACUUCUCAAAAUUAACACGCAUUACAGCGUACAUAUUAAGAUUCAUUAACAAUUGUAAACAAAAACUUCACAACAAACGCAACUAUACAACAUUAACAACAUCAGAACUUAAUCAGGCAAAAUUUCAAUUAGUGAAAGUUUCACAAUUGCAUUCUUUUCCAGAUGAAUAUCAGUCUCUUCUGCAUAAUAAACUUCCAGUUAAACAUAAGUUUCACUCAUUGCAUCCUUUCAUGGAUGGUCGCGGUGUCAUUCGCGUGGGCGGCAGACUCGCGAACUCGCGAUUUUCAUACGACAAAAAGUUUCCAAUGUUAUUACAAUCUAAUCAUUACAUUUGCAAACUAAUUUUUAAUUCUUAUCACAGAGCACUUCUUCAUGCAGGCCCUCAGCUUCUACUCGCCACCAUACGCGAGACAUACUGGCCUCUCGGUGGCCGCAAUUUAGCUAGAAAAACAGUACAUUCAUGUGUCACAUGUAAAAGAUAUCAAGCAAAACCAGUUACACCUAUCAUGGGUAACUUACCAGAACCACGCAUGCAUUCAGACUUCGCAUUCACACACGUCGGGGUAGACUACGCCGGGCCAAUCAUGAUCAGUAACCGUAGGGGUCGCGGUAGUCAAUUAAUAAAAUCAUACAUAUGUGUAUUUGUAUGUUUUGCAGUGAAAGCCGUACAUUUGGAGUUGGUUACCGACUUGACUAAGGAAGCCUAUUUAGCUGCAUUGAAUAGGUUCAUUAGUCGUCGUGGCAGUCCUUCUCACAUUUAUUCAGAUAAUGGUACCAACUUUGUAGGUGCUUCAAAUGUCGUUGCAGAGUUCUUUACAGAUAAUCAGAAUGCAAUACACAGCAGUGCAGCAGAGCAAGGCAUUACUUUUCAUUUCAUCCCUCCAUACACUCCCCACUUCGGAGGACUGUGGGAGAGUACUGUGAAGUCCACAAAGCAUCAUUUAAAACGUGUCCUAGGCUUAGCCCAUCUUACGUAUGAAGAGAUGUACACAGUACUAGUUCAGAUUGAAGGCAUUCUCAACUCUAGGCCCAUGACGCCUCUCUCUUCCGAUCCGUCAGAUCUUACAGCCCUCACACCUUUUCAUUUCUUAAUUGGACGAUCUCUAACUGUGAUUCCUCACCCGCAGAUCACUGGCUGCAACCCGCUGCGUCUGCCGAGAUACCAGCGAGUUGAACAGCUACGUCAACACUUUUGGAACCGCUACUACAAAGAAUACAUUUCACAGCUCCAAACGCGGUCCAAAUGGCAGCAAUCUCGUGGACAACUGGAGGAGGGCAUGCUGGUCGUCGUCAAGGAGGAGGACGCCCCGCCAGCCCGCUGGACCCUGGGCAGAAUAAUACACCUUCACCCUGGAGCAGACAACGUCGCGAGAGUUGCAGAUAUCAAAACCCAAGCAGGCACCAUAAGAAGGGCCUUCAAUCGAAUAUGCCCUCUUACAUGA